AUGACUGGUUGUAUAGAUGCAUCUUUGAUCACCGCUCUAGUAGAGCGUUGGCGUCCUGAGACAUCGACCUUUCACAUGCCGGUCGGUGAGGUUACGAUCACUCUUGAGGACGUUGCCACACUGAGCGGUUUACCGAUUGACGGUGAGGCCGUCAUGGUAGAUGUACCAGAUCGUGAGUGGUCGGAGACGUGUACCAGACUGUUAGGACAUGCUCCUAACGAUCUUAGCGGGGGUGUCGUUAAGCUUAGUUGGCUUAGGGAGCAUUUCAACAAUCUGCCGCCAAAUGCAUCAGCAGAGAUUACAGGGCAGUUUGCACGAGCGUAUGCCCUAUCUUUGAUUGGGUUUAUGAUGUUCCCCGAUCGGACUGGAGCUACAGUUCACCUGCAGUAUCUACUCCUAUUGGAGAAUUGGCGGACCGCAGGAGGCUACGCUUGGGGAGCAGCUGUUCUAGCCUACCUGUACCGUGAGAUGGGUAGGUCGGUUCUGCAUCUGACGCAGUCCUCCUCCACCGGAGGUGACCUUGGUGGCUGGGUCGCCUUGCUACAGCUCUGGGCGUGGGAGCGAUUCCCAUUGAUAGCACCCCGACAUACAUUGGCGCUCUUGCCCGCCGGCGCCGCUAUCGGCGCUUUGUACGCCAGACCCACCGAUGCCACGUCAGCACGAUUGGCAUCCGCGUUACUCAACUGUGCUAACAGCGACAUUAUUAUUAUCAAUGACAAUGCCGUCGCCACAGCGCGGCCGAUGAUUGAAUAG